UUUCCAGCAUGGAAGCCAAAUUUUGCAUUUUUUGGAAAUGAAUUGAAAUUUGUGGACAAUUGCCAUAUUCCAAUGAAAAAUGUCGUCCGAUGUAAGCGGUAGGAUACAGAAAAGACGCCAGUGGUGGAAAGAACACAAAGAUAAGAAAGAUUCUGAUGACCAAUCUCAAGAGACACCUGGAAAGCAUGAAUCAUCGAUUUUCAAGAAAGGACAUGGAGAAAAGUCUGUCCCGCUUUUAAAAGAGUCUAAGAAAGGAUUCCGGUCAACUUUACAGAUAUUGCAAAAGGUUGAAGAGACAACCAUCACUAACAAAACAGUUAGAGAUAAAACGAAAAGAAAGAAAAGUCAUGAAAAUGACAGUCACCUUUCACCAAAGAAAAAGAAGACAAACACAUCUGAUGAUGGUGCUGCCAGUGAAGAGGAACCAGCACGAAAUGAAGAGAAGCAGGGAAAAGGGAAGAAAAAGAAUCAACAGAAGUUUGUGUUGUUUGUUGGAAACUUACCAUUCAAGGCUGACAAAGAGAAUGUACAAAAGCAUUUCGAAAGAUGUGGCAAAAUUGUAUCAUUGAGAUUCCCUAUUGACAAGGCAACUGGAAAGGCCAAAGGAUUUGCCUUUAUUGAAUUCGAAGACAGAUAUGCCUUCAAGAGGGGUUUAUUACUCCAUCACAGCAAGAUGUUCGGGCGGGAGAUUAAUGUUGAAUUCACAUCAAUAGGAGGAAAUAGCAAAACUAGAACAGACAAAUUACGGCGGAAAAACCUCCACUUGGAACGGUUCAAAAGACAUCGACCACAAGAAUCACAAGAACCUAGAAGUUGAUGACUUAUCAUUAAACUAAGAGGUCCUUGUCCAUUAUAGGUAGAGACACAAGACAUUGUCACAAACAGGACUACUUCAAUUUCCCCAAUUUUGGAGAAAUUUUGUGGAAUGCUAAUAAAGUACUCAAAACUUUUGUUCUUGUUACACUCCUUGUAAGUAACCAGCAGUAGCAGGUGGGAGUCAUUUUGAUAGUGUUAGAGGAUUUCGAAUAUGUAAUGUUACCACUUAGUCAACAAUGAAGUAAUGAAAGCAUCAGUCAGUGAUUGAAAUGUGUAUGCAACAAGAAAAUAAAUGAAAUAUUGUA